CAACUGUAACAACGACCGCAAAAAGAAUAAAGAAAAAACAAUUUACAUCAGCAUUAUGCAUCCUGCAACCACGGCGCAUUUACAAUCAACUUUUGUAUGUCACUGAAACGUUAACCAAUAUAGUACAGCGCUUUCAUCCUUGUUUACACACUGAUCCAGCUGUAAUCCGCAGUAAUUUGCUUUUAGCGACAAGCGUUUAGCAUUAGUGUUUGGUUUGAAAUGUUGAACCAAAAAUCCUUUAACUACACUCCCCUCACGGCUCCAAAGUUAUAACGGCAAUGUUGUAAUCGUGGUUCAUCCUAUUUUCAGAAAAAUAAGAAAGAGAAUAUGCGUGAACCUAUAUUAUAUAAUACAUAUGUUAUUCAAACCGUUAAAAUGCAUUACUGUCGUAAAAUGUGUCGUAGUUGCAAAAUGCACAUUUACAUUUUCUUCGUUUGCAAUAUGCGUCAAACUUUGAAAGAUGUGGCAAUACAACAUUUUAUUAUUCCACAGCUUUUGAAAUUCGAAGAAAGUAAACAUGGCAGAUUCAAGAGGUAUCAAGUUAUUUACUCUUCAAGACCAAAGUGCCGCGUAUGUAAAUGCAACAUAUGAAACUUCGGCGGAUAUGGAUCUCGCUCCAGAGGAGACAACAAGUGUUUACGAGAGUUUAAGGAUUUCUGGUCCAACUGACAAUGCCGAUGAUCCCAAUACAAGCAUUACACAGCCACCAAAGACAAAAGUCAAUAGACGGUUACAAAUAGCAUUGGUGUUAGUGGGAAUCAUGUGCGCUGCAUUGGUUGCUAUUGUUGUAUGGUCGCUAGCGUUUACCCAAAAAGAAAAUAGUGACAAACUCAACCAUGAAUUUGAGAGUUUGGUUUCAGCAAACAAUGGGUCAAAUGUGACCAACCAUUGCCAAAGCAAACCUUGCAGAAAUGGUGCCACGUGCGAGAACUAUGUGGCCUCGUUUCGAUGUUCAUGUUCUUCCGGUUACCAAGGCACGUGGUGUGAAAACGACAAAAAUGAAUGCAUGAACAACCCAUGUGCCAGGGGCGCCACCUGUAGAAAUAAUCAUGGCAGUUUUGAAUGCGAUUGUCCUCCUGGUUUUACUGGCAAAUUAUGUCAAAUUGAAAUAAGUGAAUGUUCCAGUCGGCCUUGUCAGAAUGGUGGGACGUGUGUUGACAUGGUAAAUUCUUAUCGAUGCUUGUGUUCUGCCGGGUAUUACGGGACUAACUGCCAAGAGAAAGAUCCAUGUCGCAGCCGCCCUUGCCAAAAUGGCGCCACGUGCAGGAGUCAUGCUAUCAACUAUUCUUGCAGCUGUCCCCAUGGAUACACAGGAAGUAAUUGUGAAACAAUGGCCAACCAUUGCUUAAGCCAACCAUGCAAAAACGGCGCCUCGUGUGUGAACCUGGUGGGUUCGUUUCGGUGUUCUUGUACUUCGGGUCUCCAAGGCACAAGGUGUGAAACCGAUAUAAAUGAAUGCUUGAACAAUCCAUGUGCCAGGGGCGCCACCUGUCGAAAUAGUUAUGGUGGUUUUCACUGCAGUUGUCCACGUGGUUUUACUGGCACAUAUUGCCAGCUAGAAAUCAGUGAAUGUUCCAGUCGUCCUUGUCAGAAUGGUGGGACGUGUGUUGAUAUGGUGAAUUCUUAUCGGUGUUUGUGUUCUGAAGGGUACUACGGGACAAACUGCAAAGAAGUAGAUCAUUGUCGCAGCCGACCAUGUCAGAAUGGCGCCAUUUGUAGGAAUGCAACUUUCACGUAUUCCUGCAGCUGUCCUUCCAGAUAUACAGGCAAGAAUUGUGAAUCAGCUUUUGUUUCCCGUCACCCGUACCGUCUUAUUGGAAUAAAUAUCAAUGGCAAAUACGGUGGUAGGGUAGAAGUGUACCAUAAUGGAGACUGGGGAACAGUUUGUGAUGACAGCUGGGAUAACACUGAUGCCAGAGUUUUCUGCAAGUCCUUAAAUCUUCCAUAUUCCAACGCACUUGCUGUAGAACGUGCAUAUUUUGGGCAAGGUAAAGGAACCAUUUGGUUGGACAAUGUCGGUUGCAUAGGCUCAGAAUCCAAUAUUGGGUCAUGUCGUCACAACGGUUGGGCUGUUGAAGACUGUAGUCACGGUGAAGACGCUGGCGUUCUUUGUUUUUGACUAUGCAUCUUAAAACGGACUAUUUAGAAAAGCGUCAAUUCCCCCAUCCUAGUCAGUGGCUUAGUGAACCUUAUACGGGGGGAGAGAAAAGUAACAUAUCCGCACUCUGUUUUUUCCACAAUUUUCACAAUUUUUUUUUAAAUUUUGUUAUUUGUUGAUAUUUUGUUCAUGCAAAAAAAAAAAAAAAAAAAAAAUCACCGCAGAUUUACUAACCAGUGCUUUACCCUUACAUAAAUUAUGUCAUGUCAGAGUGGAGCAUUGGUCAAGUGUGAUGGGUUCGUAAAUCACUUCCAAGUAACAUCGGUACCUCCUCUGACCAGCCACGUGACCAGCCCGUUGUUUUAUGUUUAAUUCUUCCUUUUAACGGCGACUCACCGGGGUUUUUCUAAGUCCAUUUUAAUAAGUCUGAUAUUGCCUGUAUACAAUCGAAGCUUGAUACAUGGUUAUUAGUUUUUAAGACUGUUUAAAAUAGCAUCAAAUAUUUUAUGGUCAAUGUUAUCAAUUUUGCAUUAUUAUUGAAAUAGCGUUUUAGUUUAGAGUAAGAGUAGAAUGCAUCUUUUUAGCGUAGCUUAGGAUUAUACCUCGUAUGUGCAUUUAAGCAGUGCGUGACAUAACUGACAUUUGCAUCGGAAAACCUGUAAUAGAAAGCAAGUUAUUAUGUAUAUCUUUUUGGGAAAUUACCUUAUGAUACAAAUUCAAGAAUACGUAGAAUGUGAAAAUCAACACAUUGUUUAUCAAAAUGUAUUUUCAGCAACUAUCUUUAAAGACUUUGUUUAAAAUCUACCUACAAUUAUAUGGUUCAGGGGAAAUGGUUGAAAAAUUCGUAAAAUUUAAUUUACCUACGUCUACAUACAUUCUACUAUAUUGAGUGUUUUUUUUUAGAUUUCAAUAAAUUCGUUUUAAAUGCU